AUGUAUUCGUCCAUAGAAGCUUACAAUCCGAACACGGCGAAGGAGGUAUACAGAAACAACGGCAUGGAUUCGUUUGGUAAACGCAAGUAUUGGGCAACACCACGCCGCUAUUCGCCCUACGAGGUAUCGCAUUACCCAGCAACGUAUUCAAGUUUGGAAAACCAAGAUGUAUUGAAGACGUUUCAAGAUUCCUACGAACGUCUGCGUACCGACACGAAUGAAGUGCUAUCUCAAAAGAAAUUAUGCGACGACGCAUUGUCGUGUAGGGAUGGGCUGACAUGUAGCGAGAAGGCAGUGGAAACUCGCGCAGACGUGGUCGAAAACACAAACGAUAGCAGAGACAAUAACAGCUUGUCGUAUAUAGGAAUGAUAGCUACAGCCAUUCUGCGAUCCUCUGAAACAAAGCUUACGCUCGCAGGCAUCUAUACGUACAUGGAGAAACAUUUCUAUGGGGUCCUAUCAAACCGUCCCGGAUGGAGAAACACGGUCCGUCACAAUUUAUCUUUACACGAAUGCUUUGUGAAAGGCGAGAUUGCAGCCGAGGGAAAAGGUCGAUUUUGGCGGAUACAUCCUAACUACUUUGAGCAAUUCAAAUGUGGAAAAUUCAACAAAAACAUCCUUCAAAAUUCGGUACCCAUGUUCUACCGCAGUUUGGGAAAUUAUCGAAUCCCAACUCCCAGAGAGGAACUAGCCCUACCGCCCUUCUACCCUGGGUCUACAUGGGCACCUACGUUCUAUCCAUUGAUAUCACCCUCCUAUCCUUACCCCGCCCUCCCAUUCCCUCAAGGUACACCCCCACAAGCCCCAAAAGAAGACUUCCAUCGUGUUCAUGCAUUUCGAACGUGCUCCAGCGAUUGUUGCUCUAGUUGUCCAGGGGUCCGUCAACUGCCAGCCAUCCAGUGUUCAUCCUAUAGACUCACUCCUCAGGCAUUGCCCAUCGAAAAUACAUUGAGAUCAGCUUCAGUUAACAAUAAUACCAAUAUUCAUUGA